AUGUCCAUUUCCAAUCCGUUGAUUCUCUCGUUGCUACUCUUGUUGGUGUUAUCCCUUACCAAUGGGUUUUCAAUAAAUCAAAGAGCAAAGCGAUUGCCUUAUUCCUCCACAACAACUACUAGGACUACUACGACAACGUUACAUGCAGAAAAAGAUGAUAAUGAGAAGACUAAAACAGAGGACGUGAACCCGCUUACCAAAUCCUCAUGGUAUGCGGUCGAACUCUUUGGUAAGGUCUUUGGAGGAAAGGGCAAGGAUGAUAGUCCGUCAGAUAAAAAUGGUCUUGAAUAUGAUUUCUCCCAACCACCCUCAUCUUUACAGGAAACCUUGAAUCGCAUCAAGCUCGACAACGAUCGAUCGUAUUUCUUGUCCGGACAAGUCGACGAGGAAAUUUACGAUGAAAAUUGCGUCUUUCGCGAUCCCUUUGUAUCUUUUGAGGGAAGGGAACGCUUUGUGACCAACUUGGCCAAUUUGGGAUCCUUUAUUACCAAUUACUCGGCCCGAGUUUUGAAUUAUGACGACCAGGAUCCGACCGUCGUCCAAACCAAGAUCAUGGUCAAAUUGGAACUCAACUUGCCUUGGAAACCAAUCUUGGCCUGGCCUUGGGGUGUCCAAUAUACCAUUGAUCCCGAAACUAAUUUGAUUGUAGACCACAAGGAAUCUUGGGAUAUUGAAGCAUUGGAAGGGGUCAAGCAGAUUUUCCGUAAACCGACAGUCACGAUAUCAUAG